UUAUAGUCGCUCCUGCAGCAGCACACUCCACAAACAAAUUACGGUGGUUUGUAGCUAGCUGGUUAGCAUAGCGGCAUAAACAACUGUGAUAUUGCGGUACUAAAAUGAGCGACAGUGGCAAAGGUUACGGCGAGCGGGAUUCUCGCUUCUCAUCCCGGAGUGUGAGUCCACGAGGGUCCAGGAAUUCAGCAAGCCGUUCCCCAGCUCUGUCGCCUGCCCGCUCAAAAGAUGGCUCCCGCCACUCCCGCUCUAAAUCUCUCUCUCGAUCCAGGUCGAAAUCUGGGUCGCACCGCGGCUCGAGGAGACACUAUAGCCGCUCUCGCUCCCGCUCGAGGUCCCAUCGCCGCCGGUCUCACAGCCGCUCGUACAGCGGAGAGCGCCGGCGCAGGAGCCACAGCCGCUCCCCGAUGUCUGAUCGACGCCGGCACAUCGGCAACCGCGCUAAUCCAGAUCCAAACGGCUGCGUGGGAGUGUUUGGCCUGAGUUUGUACACCACAGAGAGGGAUCUGAGGGACGUCUUCUCUAAGUACGGCCCCCUGGCGGAUGUCUCUAUUGUGUGCGACCAGCAGUCAAGGCGCUCCAGGGGCUUUGCUUUCGUCUACUUUGAGAACUCUGUUGACGCGAAAGAGGCAAAGGAGCGAGCCAAUGGCAUGGAGCUGGAUGGUCGUAGGAUCAGGGUGGACUUCUCCAUCACAAAGAGACCGCACACCCCGACCCCUGGAAUCUACAUGGGCCGGCCCACAUACGGAGGGGGGGGAAGCAGCAGUGGAAGUGGUCCAAGCGGUCCAAGCGCACCUCGGCGCAAUUCACGUGACUAUGACCGCGGACAUGACCGCGGAUCCGACCGAGGAUACGACCGUGGAUCUGACCGAGGAUACGACCGUGGAUCCGACCGAGGUGGCUAUGAUCGCUAUGACGACAGGGACCACCAACGCUCAUACAGAAGGCGAUCUCCGUCCCCGUACUACAGAGGGAAUUACAAGACUCGGUCCCGAUCGCGCUCUUAUUCUCCCCGACGCUACUAAAUGUUGCUGUCAAGCCCCUCCACCUCCCACACAGACAGGAAAUAUUUGAUGAUUGAUUUCAGAAUAGAUCUUCUUACGGUGAUAAUCACACUUCUGUUUCUAUCGUACAUGACCAGUAAAUGUAUUUUAGUUGUCAGCAGUUGUCAUGAAUCGAGCUGUACCCUCGUGUUUUUUAUUUUGAAAUGUUUAGGCAAUGUCAGCCGUGGAAGAUAUAUUAAUGUUUUUGUUAAUGUAUUUUUUGUAUAACAAUUGAGUGAACGCUCAUCUCUAAACGGAUUAAAACUAAGAGGCUUUCUUUUCCAAACUGA